AAACCAUCCGGAAGAAUCCCGAGGAUCUGAUUAUAGUCCUAGCAAAACUACAUACUUAAACUUGUGAUCAUAAACAGUGUUGUAUUUUACAAUAAAAGACAAAAUUAAUAUCACAAGAAAGGACAUUUAAACGACACGCAAAAUGUCGUCGGAGGAAUUCGAGAAGUUGCACGAAAUGUACCGAUCGUUGUACGAGGAGCUGAAGCUGAUGCCAGACAAGGCUCAGAAAUCUCACGGAGAGGAGAGGAAGAGACUGGUGAGGACCUUUGAUGAGAGACAUGGGGAGGCUGAAGAAGUGUUACAAGGAAUGGAAGAGGAGCUGCGCAUUGCCCCUCUGUCCUAUCGAAAUUCAAUGAGCACAAAACUGCGUAUGUACCGGCGAGACCUCGGCAAGCUUCAGAGGGACAUGAAAAACUCAGCACCUGGCUUUGGCUCCUCGUACAACACAGUGCAAGGAAAUCAUGGCAUCUACUCUUCACAAAAUCAGCACAGUACGCACCUGCAGUCCCAGAGAGCGUUGCUUCUUGAGGGUACGGAUGCUCUAAAUAACGCCAGCCAGAGUAUUGAACGCAGCCAGCGCAUCGCUGCUGAGACAGAGCAAAUUGGCACAGAUAUCAUCGAGGAGUUGGGAGAACAGAGGGAACAGCUGGAUCGAACCAGAAACAGACUUGCGAAUACUGGAGAGAAUCUGAGUCGUAGUAGAAAAAUUCUUCGUGCAAUGUCGAGGCGGCUGGUGACAAACAAGUUGCUACUGGGCAUCAUCAUUUUAAUGGAACUGGCCAUUCUGGGUGCUGUGAUUUACCUGAAGUUCUUCCGAAAAUGAGCAGACUUCUUUAAGUUGUGGAUCCAGGGCAAACUCAGACUCUAUCUGUCUCUACUGACUAUCCAGUAGCAAUAAUAACACUGUCCUGCUGUUUUCAGCUAUCUGUGAACUCUGACAGGAGAUUCUGUCCAUUAUUUGAUGUGAAUGGCAAUUUGCCAACUUGCUAAUGGACCAAACCUACAGAAGCUCUUUGAACUAAGAUUUGCACUGUCACUCAAUGCCAUUGAUGUCCUGCAGGAUGAUGAUCUGGACUUGUCUGCUGGCUGUUACAGAUCCCAUGGAUGAUUCUUUGUAGCAUCUUAGCUGAGUCAGAAAACAAGCUAAUUGCGCCCACAUGUCUCUCUGGGUGAAAGCACUUGUGAAAUGUGACUGACAGUUCUAGAAAGCUAUAAUUCUCAGAUUGGGUUACAAAACUGCUCAAAUUCAACUGCUGAUGUGUGAACAUCUUUUACAAUAUGAUGAAACGGCACCUGACAACAAAAUAAUUUCUUUUCUGUGUUUAAGUGGUUUUGUGCUUAAAAAAAAGACUUAAAUUUUAAAUCAGAUAUAUCAGUGAAAUAAAUUGAUGCAAUGUCUUAAUACAGUUCAUGCAAAAUUACUGUACAAUUCAAAAAUCACUGUUAUAAAUAGGUUUUUGGUUUCUGAUUUGAUGUCUUUCACAACAUUAAAGUUUAUCUUUAACCUCA